AUGUACAUAUAUCCUCUAUCGCCUCCUGUUUCCCUCUUGUACAUCCCCUUGCCCUCUUGCCCAAUAGACAGUAGUUCCCUCUUCCACCUUCCGCCUUACCGCCUGCCCUCCUCUACCUCGUUUCUUUUAUACCUGUCUCCUCCCGUCACUCAUAUCCCCACUCCCCUCCUCCCCGUCCCGCAGAGCGAAGCACCUUCAUCACCCCACGCGGAUGCCCACAACGCGUCUUCUCCCCCUCUCUCCCACCUUCCGCUAUCCACUCUCAUCGCCAUUACCUCCUCCCUCCUCUCUCACCUCUCCCUCACAUACCACCUCAACCACCCUCACUCCUCUCCUCUCUCGGAUACCCUUUGCCCUGACCUCCUCCUCUCUCCCCCUCUACUCCCCUCCUCCCUCCCCUCAGCAACUGCCACCAUCCCCUCUCUACUCCACUCCCUCCGCUCCUCCGUCCCUCUCCCCUCUCUCCGCCAAAUCUACUCCAUCCCUCUCCUCCCCCCCCCUCCCUCACCCCCUCCUGCAUCCCCCACCCCUCUUUCCUCCCCCUCCUUCCGCUCCCAUCACUCACUCCACCUGCUCCUCGCCCUCCGCGCUACCAAGAACAAGCAACCCGGAAAUAUCUCCUCAGCUCCUUCAGCUGCUUCAGCCUCUGCAGCAUCAGUUCGGGACGACGGCAACUUGGAUUCUAGCAGCGGCGGCGACGAGAUGGGGAGAGCAUGCAGCUGGAAGCACAAGGAGUGCUGCAAUGGGCGGCACAGCAGUGUGAAUUCCAUCAGACGGAAACACAGCAGCGGGAAAUUUAGCAAUGGGAGGGACAUGAGGGUGGGAGGAGCAUUAGGGCUGGCUGGUAGCUGCACAGUGGAGCUUCUGGACCUGCAGAAAGGCAUUGGAGGGCUGGUGAAGCAGGAAGCUGUGCUUGCUGCUUCCCUUCCCAUCCCCGCUGCCUCUGCAUCUCUCCAUACCUCUCUCCGCCUGGGCUCCAGCUUCCCCCUCUCCCUGCCGUCUGCCCUCCUCUCCUCCCACUCGCCGGGAUUCUCCUCGUUUGAUCCCUCCCUCUGCUCACCCCCCUCCCCUUCCUCCGCAUCACCUGCAUCAUCACCCAGUGUUACAGCAUCUGCCAUCACCACUCUCUCCUUCGACCUGCCCUCGCCCCUCCGGAAUCUCCUCCUUCCGCACGCCUCUCAUCCGCUACUCCGCCCCUUGAAUCUGCCCUCUUUGCACGCGCACGCGUUUGUUGCCACUGUGCGAGGAGAGGAUAUGGGAGGGGUGGGAGGGAAACAGCAGAUCGAAUUUGUCAAGAUGCGGUCGAGGGGGGCUGCUUCAGAUUUUGUAAGCCAGCUUAUAGAGGGUAUCCAGUGUUCUGCUGGAGUAGGGCUGGUGUGUCCUACAUCGUUUGGGAGGGUUGAGGUGAAUUACUCCUGGCCCCUUUGUAUGAAUUUAGGAGAGAGCUUUGUGAAGCGUGGACUACAGGUAAGAUUCAACUCGAGUGCUGCUUGA